GCCUCCCUCCGGAGGGGUGGAGGGGAAAGAAGCGCAGGGAGCAGCUCUGGCCUCGAACGCCCUGCUUAGGACGAAGCCUGCGCUGGGCUCUCGGCGGCAGCGCCAAGCCAGCGCCGGAGGAAAAGGAGGCGCCGCCUCUGAAGGCCGGCCCAAGGAAGGCCGCCCUCCUCGCCUUCCAUUUUCUCCCUUCCCGCCUUCAGGCUACGAACAUCUUCCGGACCAAGAUCAUGGUGCCAGAGCUGGAGAAAGCAACUGUCCGGAUGAAGAAUUCGGAACAAGUAAACAAUAUAAUUUCAAUGCUCAGAAAAGGUGGAGCAGGAAGACUCCAGGUCAUUUCUGAUUUUGACAUGACUCUGACUAGGUUUGGAUUCAAUGGACAGCGCUGCCCCACUUCGCACAAUAUCAUAGAUAACAGCCGAGUGAUCAGCAAUGAAGGCAGGAAAAAGCUAAAAGAUCUGCUCCAUUACUACUAUCCUAUCGAAAUUGACCCCUAUCGGUCCGUGGAGGACAAACUACCUCUAAUGGUAGAAUGGUGGACUAAGGCCCACAACCUCCUAUCCCAGCAGAAGAUCCUGAAAAGCGACAUCGCCCAGAUAGUGAAAGAGUCAGAUGUCAUGCUCAGAGAUGGCUUCAACGUUUUCUUUGACCAGCUUCAUCAGAAGGGAGUUCCCCUGUUCAUCUUCUCAGCGGGUGUGGGUGAUGUGCUAGAGGAGAUAAUCCACCAGGCUGGUGUGUUCCAUCCUAAUAUCAAUGUGGUCUCUAACUAUAUGGACUUUGAUGACAGUGGAGUCCUGCAAGGUUUUAAAGGGCCCCUCAUCCAUACUUACAACAAGAACAACACAGUUCUGAAGAAUACAGAGUAUUUCCAGCAGCUCUGCACAAGGACAAACAUCUUACUCCUUGGGGAUUCCAUGGGUGACCUCAGUAUGGCAGAUGGAGUUGCUGACAUGGAGAAUAUCCUCCGGAUUGGCUUUCUAAACGACAGGGUGGAGGAUCAGCAGGGGAAGUACAUGGAGUCCUAUGAUAUUGUAUUGGAAAAAGAUGAAACACUGGAUGUGGCAAAUGGCAUCCUUCACUUCAUCCUGGCCCAAUCCUAAGCCACACAGCCCCAUUACCCUCAACAACAAGCUGCCUUUUGAAAAGAGAUGUUCUGUGUGUGUGUGUGUGUGUGUGAGAGAGAGAGAGAGAGAGAGAGAGAGGAUGACCCUCAGUUCCCACUCUCCCUUGCUAUGUUGAAGACACAUUCUAUCCCUACUGUUUCUCAACCACACAGUCCCUGAUUCAAAAUCAAAUCCCAACUAUACAAGGCAAGAGCAUGGACUCAUCCUGCAGUCAACAUCUCUGCUGGCCAAAAUACAAUCAGAAAUCUUUAAAUCAAGCCAGUGCUUAAAAUUCCUAAAAGAAAGAAAAUGGUGGUGCCGCCGCCACUGGUGCAACCAAAUGAUUUAAAAGGAUAUGAAUGUUAGUCUACUCUGUGAAAACAACAUGAAAAUAUGGAGGUAUUGCUUUAUGUGACAGAAAUUGAGGGGUGGAAUUUUGGGUAAAAGAGCCUUGCUAUUCUUUGCCAGAGGAGCAGCUAGCUGGAACCCCUACAUGUUUGGGGAUUAUCAUUAUUUUCUUAAUUGUUUGGAUGGAGUUCCUGUGGGGUGGUACAAAGUAAGUUUCCUUUACAAGUAAAAUUGAAGUAAAAUUGCCUGAAAUAAAUGUUUUGCAUGGGUAAGUUUCCAUUUCAAAUGUCAAUUCAAAUGUGCAGCAAAGAAUCUUUAACUUCAAUUGUUUGAUUCUUGGGAAUUUGAAAAGUAGCUUAAAUAAUAAUCACUGAAGGGACAGAGGGAGAAUGUUAAUGGAUGUUCUUGUAUCAGUGCAAACUAUAAAAGACAGAGCGGGCAGGACACACAUACACACAUAUUUCUUGAGUCUAACAAUGUGCUAUUUUUUCUUUCUAACUUUUAUUGGAUUUUUCUGCACUUCAUUUUGGUAUCAUAAAACACAAAAUUUGUUUUCCAAAACAUUGUUUAAAGUAUAAAUGACUCUCCACAAAAUCCAACAAAAUUUAAACUGAGAGUUUUGUUUUUUGUUCAAAAGGCAUGUGUAAAGAUAAUAAAACCAUUUAUUUUGAAAA